AUGCGUAACCUGAAGAGCGUGCGUCUCCAGGAGACGCAGAUUGAGGGAGAUCUUCCUUUGACUGCAACUGCUUGGGAUACAUCAUCUGACUCAAUUGUGUGCACCUUUGGUCCGGCAGAGCACAACCCGAUCAUCGAGUUACGGAGGAAGCGCCCCAAAGUGAAUGCCGCGGAGCCUCUGAGCCGCGAUGCGCUCGAAUGCAUCGCAUCCUGGGAUGCCCCGAGCCCGUUGCCUGAUCUUACAUGCGAUCGAGUGCUUUCUCUGCACUACUUUGCAGACAACCUGAGCGCAUGCCUGGUUUUGGAGGGCGGUGAUAUUAUCAUCGUCCGCGAAGAGCCCCUCCCGGGAGAGGAUAAGAUCGAGAUUCUUGGCUCUGUCGAUGUUGGAAUCACAGCUGCUGCGUGGUCACCGGAUGAAGAGCUCCUAGCUAUCACCACCAGAGCUCGGACUUUCCUCUACAUGACUCGCGAGUUCGAGAAUGUCGCUGAGAUUACCUUCUCCGAGGCUGAUUUGCAAGCCUCUCAGCAUGUUUCUGUUGGAUGGGGCAAGAGGGAGACUCAGUUCCAAGGCAAGAGAGCCAAGGCUAUGCGAGACCCAACUGUCCCUGAGAAGGUCGACGAAGGUAAGCUGAGCAGCAAUGACGACUCCAGGACGACAAUUAGCUGGAGAGGUGACGGUGCCUAUGUGGCAGUGAACACCGUUGAUGAAGGCAUUCGCCGUGUCAUUCGUGUGUACUCCCGUGAAGGUACUCUUGACAGUGUGAGCGAACCUGUGGAUGGACUGGAGGGGGCCCUGAGCUGGCGUCCCUCCGGCAAUCUCAUUGCGGGAAUCCAACGAUUGGAUGACCGUAUCGACGUUGUCUUCUUUGAGAGGAAUGGUUUGCGUCACGGGCAAUUCACACUUCGUCUGACCGAGGAGGAACGCCAAUCUUGGGCAUCACAGAUUCAGCUGUCAUGGAAUGUCGAUUCUACAGUACUUGCUGUGCGGUUCAAAGACCGAGUUCAGCUCUGGACGACAGGCAAUUAUCACUAUUACCUGAAGCAGGAGAUCCCUAUAGUUGUUGAUCCUGCAUGCUCCCUGCCGUUCUCUUUUGAGUGGCACCAGGAAAAGGCGUUGCGUUUGGUUGCUGGGUCUUCUGACUCUGUCCUCGAUCUCGACUAUGUAUUUGACAUUCAUCACGGCUCCACUGCGAUCCCAGAUGAUGUCGGUGCUGUUGCGGUUAUUGAUGGAAAGACCUUGAAGCUCACUCCACUUCGUUUGGCUGGUGUGCCGCCCCCAAUGGCGCAUAACGAGCUGCAGCUGGACUCGAAUGUCAUUGAUGUUGCAUUCAGCAAAUCUGGUACCCGGAUGGCAGUCCUGAUGGAAAAGAGCUUUUCCAUAUUCUUGUGGUCUUUGAAGAGUCGUCCAGUUCCAGUGCCGAUUCUGGAGUCGAGCUAUCCUCUUCCAGAUUCACCCUACAGCCGGCCCAGGCAGAUUGUAUUCCUGAACGAAACAGAGGUCUACCUUCUCAAGGAUAAUGCUCCCGGUAUCAGCCACAUUGAGCGCACGACACUAGAGACCCGAGAGACUCGAGUGGUUCACCAAGCGCAAGAUUUUGAGGAACUGUACUCUAUCUUUGCUGGAGUAGGCCAUUCUACUCUUUGGUUCUCAAAUGCUCAGCAGCCUGGCCUCCCUGCUAGCUACUCCACUAUUGACUUCGUGGCCGGGGAUGAAGUGGAAGCUACCCUUUGGAGCGAGAGCCCUACUGUUGAAACUCACUGGGCCCGUGCCGUGUCGAUCUCCGGCGAUGAGCGCAUUCUCAUAACCCUGACGCGGACUGGCGCUUUGUACGCAAACAAGCGAGUCCUUGCAAAGAACUGCACAUCUUUCUUGGUGACUCCAUCCCACCUGUUGUUCACCACGUCUCAACAUUUGUUGAAAUUCGUGCAUCUGAAUCGUGUGGACGACAUGGAAGUCCCCGAGGAUACACCUGAGACCGACGAGAGAUGCAGAAGUAUUGAGCGCGGAUCAAAGCUGGUGUCUGUCAUCCCAUCCAUCUUUGCCGUUGUGCUACAGGCACCCCGCGGAAACAUCGAGACCAUCUUCCCACGUGCCUUGGUGUUAGCUGGUAUUCGCACAUUCAUCGACCGGAAGAACUACCGGGCUGCUUUCCUCGCGUGCCGUAGCCAAAUGGUGGACAUGAACAUUCUUCACGACUAUGCUCCUCAGCAGUUUAUGGAAAGCGUACAGUUGUUCGUUGAACAAAUCAAGAAGAUUGAGUUCAUCGACGACUUCCUUUCUCGUUUGAAGGAGGAGGAUGUUUCGCAAACACUGUAUAAAGAUACUCUCAAGAUCUCCAAGUACGAGUCUGCCGUUGUUGCCCAACCGGACGGUCCCACCGUACCGUCCCUGCCUCAGCUUGCCGGCAAAACCAGCAAGGUGAAUGCAAUUUGUGAUGCGUUCCUGGCGGUUCUUCAAACCCGCAUCGACACCAACUUGCAAAAUCUUGUCACUGCACAUGUCUGCAAGGAUCCACCUGACCUUGAGGCCGGCUUGAAGCUUGUCGCUAACCUCAGAACACAAAAUUCGGAGCAAGCACAAGAUGCAAUUGAGCAUAUGUGCUUCUUGACUGACGCAAACCGACUUUACUCGCAUGCUCUGGGGUUGUACGAUCUUGAGCUUACUCUUUUGGUUGCCCAGCAAGCGCAGAUGGAUCCUAGGGAAUAUCUUCCAUUCCUCCGGAAGUUGCAACAACUGCCUGAAAUCCGGCGUCAUUUCGAGAUCGACAACCAUCUUGCUCGGUUCGACAAGGCUCUGAAACACCUGUUUACCUUGGGAGCUCACGAGGAAAUUCGGGCUUAUGUUAGGCGACAUGCUUUGUAUAAGGAGGCACUUGAAAUUUACAAGUAUCAGCCUGAGCAGCUGAGAGAGAUCACGCAGAUAUACGCAGACUACCUUCAGAAUGACUCGAAGCAUAAGGAUGCCGCAAUUGCUUAUGAAUCUCUUGGGAUCUAUGACGAGGCAUACAAGUGCUACAAUCUUGCCCACAUGUGGCGCGAGUCGCUGUAUUGUGCCAUGAUGACUUCUCUGCCCGAGGAAGAACUAAUGGCCUUUAUCAACGAGCUUGCCACGACUCUCGUUGACGAGGCUCGGGACUACGUAUCAGCCGCAACCAUCUAUGCUGAGCAUCUGCACGACAUCGUAACUGCAGCUCAGCUUCUGUGCCGUGGCUCUAAAUUUGCCGAUGCUGCGCGCCUCCUGACCCUACAUGGCAAGAAGGAUCUUGUGGAAGAGAUCGUUGACUCUGGCCUAGCCGAGGCUAUGGGCUCCAUGACCGAUCUCUUGGCCGACUGCAAGUCCCAGUUGAAUGCGCAGGUGCCACGAGUCCGUGAACUCCGGCAGCUCCGCGCCGCCGACCCUCUUGCCUUCUUCGGAGGCGAUCCCACCGGCGGCGAGGGCGGCGUUGACAUUCCUGACAACGUGUCUCUUGCACCGACCGAGGCAACAACUUUGGCCGGUCGCACCAUGUUCACCCGGUAUACGGGCAAGACAUCUUCAUCCCGGGUGACGUCCCGCACUCGCCGUCGCGAGGAGCGCAAGCGUGCCAAGGGCAAGAAGGGUACAGUUUACGAGGAAGAGUACCUCGUCAACAGUAUCCGGCGACUUAUUGAGCGUGUCAACUCGACUAUGGCGGAGGCCGAGGCUCUCGUUGACGCCCUUCUGCGCCGGGGCAUGCGCGAGCGCGCCGCUGCAGUUGAGAAGGCGCUGGCAGAUGUGGUGACAAUGUGUACGGACUGCCGUGACGAUGUGUUCGAGAUUGCGCAGGCUACGGCACCUAAGCAUGAUGACAACGAGGAUGCUGGCUAUGAAGAGGCUAGUCUGCCACGGCCGACUGGAGGCUCCGCGGUUCUUGCAGAAAGCAUUGGAAUCACUCUCGGCGGAGCUGGACGUUUGAAGGAGCCGCCUGUUGUCAAGGCCAUGAUCAAGUCCUCUCUUCUGGUGUAA